AUGAGCAAUAACUUCGGUCGUAGCAGUGGCUUCCGCAAGUCCACGACGAGUUCGAUGCCCAAUCGUUUCCCAGCUCCAUCUGAGCAAAUGCCCAACACCGUUUUGCUUUCAUCAACUCCUACAGUGAAUGGUGGAGGAAAUGUGAGCACGUCGAUACCCAAUCGUUUCUCAGCUCCAUCUGAGCAAAUGCCCAACCCCGCUUUGCUUUCAUCAACUCUUACAGUGAAUGGUGGAGGAAAUGUGAGCACGUCGAUGUCGAAUCUGUCCGUGGCUAGCAAAUCUACGGAGGUGAAGUGCGUCGAUUGGCCAGAAAAUGUCGGGCGAGCAACACCCAUGAGGGGAGAACAAUUUGGGCUGGCUCGUGACAUGAAGGUAACUUUCAACAAUGCGAAGCUGUUGAAGCAAAUUGUGGAUCAAAAUGCAGAAAAGGCCAGCUCGCUCGUCAGAGAGCUGCCUUGCAGUCUUUUCCGGCCUCAAUCGCAGGCUGGACAUCAACCAACACAAGUGGCUAGUCAGCCACUUGCGAGCAACCGUUCUGCCGUUGGAGGUGGAUUUCAUGCGGAUCCGGACACUUCAUUCGUUCGUUCUGACAUUGCUGCGCGGCUUCGUCAAAAGCUUUCUUCUGAUAUUGCAACUGGAGCUACGGCCCCUGCCAACACUCAGCCACAUGUCGACUUGUUGGGAUUCAAGAAGCCGCGCGAUCCGGUUACAAUGACUCCUGAGCUUUCCGCUCUAGAACAGAUGAAAAAUGCCGGAUUGAAACCUGGGGUCAAUCCCAAUAAAGUUUUUUAUGAGAGGUCCGACUCAAGUAUUUCUCCAACAAGCACGGAAACGUCUCGACCAAAACGGAUCGAUACGAUUAGCUUGGAGCUGGCGAAGAUGCGACGCCUUCAAGAAAUUAUGAAAGCAAUUCAGAUCUCGUCAAGAAUACAA